GCCGCGCGGUGCCGUUGCAGAUGAGCAGGGCAAGGGCGGACGAGGAGGAGUACUGGCACAGCUCCAAGUUCCGGGCCUUCACCUUUGACGACGAGGACGAUGAGCUCUCACAGUUAAAGGAAUCCAAACGGGCAGUGAACAGCCUUCGGGAUAUCGUCGAUGAUGAUGAUGAUGACGACCUUGAGAGGGUCAGCUGGAGCGGAGAACCUGUGGGAAGUAUCUCCUGGUCAAUCAAAGAGACAGCCUCCAGCAGCACUAGCUCACUGGAGGGCCGAGACUCCAGCCUACAGAAGGGCUCUUCCUCCUAUGCUGCUUUUCCCAAGCAAGUUUCCUCCUACUCCCUAAGCAGCCUAUUCAAAGGACGAAACAAACUUCCAAGUUUCCAGUCCCUUUCAGAUGCCCUCUCUGACACAGGAGUUAAAAACUACGCUCCAGAGCUGCGCAGACCAAAAACUGAGUACAAGGAUUACAGCAGUGAUUGGAGUCCCAAAGAUACAGUCAGGCGAAUGCAGAGGGGCAAGGUCUGCUCUCUAGAGAGAUUUCGCUCCCUGCAGGACAAGCUGGUGCUCUUGGAUGAAGCUGUGGCAGGGCAUGAUGGGAAUGUCAUUACAGCUGUCCUGAUAUUCCUGAAACGGACGCUAAGGAGAGAGAUCUUGUUUCGGGAGCUGGAGGUGCGGCAGGUGGCCUUGUGUCAUCUGAUCCAUUUCCUCAAAGAGACUGGUGAGCAGAAGUUGCUUCUGGAUCUACUCAGGUUCCUAGACAGGACUGAGGAAGUUGCUCUGUCCCAGUACCGGGAGCAUUUGAACAUCCAGGAUGUAGAAAAAAGGAGGGAAUUUCUGAAAGUGUGCAUUGGGCUGCCAUUUUCAGCUGAGGAUACCUCCCACAUCCAAGACCAUUAUACCCUGCUGGAGCGACAGAUCAUCAUUGAGGCCAAUGACCGGCACUUGGAGACAGCUGGGCAGUCAGAGAUAUUUCGGAAAUAUCCUCGCAAGGCUUCAAUUCUCAACAUGCCACUAGUGACCACCCUCUUCUAUUCCUGUUUCUACCACUACACAGAGGCUGAGGGAACGUUCAGCAGCCCGACCAACCUGAAGAAAACAUUUAAAAUUCCUGAUAAGCAGUAUGUGCUGACUGCCCUGGCUGCCCGUGCCAAGCUGCGAGCCUGGGAUGAUGUGGAUGCCCUCUUCACCACCAAGAACUGGCUGGGCUACACCAAGAAGAAGGCACCUAUUGGCUUCCACCGGGUGGUGGAGAUCUUGCAGAGGAACAAUGCUCCUGUGCAGGUGCUGCAGGAGUACGUGCGCCUGGUGGAGGAUGUGGAGACACGGUUGAACCUCGCCACCAAGUACAAGUGCCAUGAUGUUGUCAUUGAGACGUACAGGGAUCUAAAGGAUCGCAUCCAGCUGACAGCGUAUAAAUGCAAGGUGGAGCGAGGGUCUGCAGAAGAAGAGAAGAUAAACAGCAUUCUCAGCAACAUGCAAAUCCGAUGGAAGAACUGAGCACCUGUGAAGCAGCCUGCUUGGCCGUUGCCUUGCCAAUGAAAGAGGAAACUGCAAAACCCAGUCCAGUGCCAACAGAGCAAGUCUGUUACUACUCAUUGCAUGAUCAACGUUCGUCAGUGACAGUGGGUGCCCACGGCUUGUGGGACAGUGGCAUUCAGGCUGGUUGAAGGCAGCUGCUCCGAUGUAGCCAGUGAAACCAUGGUACUGAUCCACCAGGCUUGAUUCUUUUUGGAAUCUGAUUCUCUUUGACUUGGCUGUAAGCCAGGCGUGGCUUUUGUUUACGGAGGGAAGUUGCUGGGCACAGCAAGGUUACGUUUGCUCUGGGUGGUGUCUGGGUUUUAUCUAGCAAGAGGAACAGGUCAGUCAC